CGAAAGCUCGGCGGCUCAGUCAACUUUCGGUCGUCGACGCGUUCGCAACGUUUGUUCGCUCUUUGGUAAGCUCGGCAGGCAGGGGGUAAGCAACAGCAGCAGAAGAAUUGCAUCAAGCCAUUGGCCACUGGUUUUACUUUGUGCCAAGGUCUUUUGCUCAGCUCGGUUCGGCGGUGGUCGGCGCUUUUUCUUGCUGCUUUUAACUAGUUUACCUACUUAAUUCACGUGUUGGUUUGGUCAUUUUGUGAAUCAUCAAUCAACGGCAGCAGCAGCAGCAGCAGCAGCAUCCAAAGUUUCAUCGGAAGCGUUGAGGUUUUGUUUUGGGUUGUGCACACUUAUCAGCUGCCGAAAGUGAGAGUGCCUGACGUCGUCAUCGUUCAGUGUGUUUCUGGUUCUGCUGGUGCCUGCAAGUGAGAGAAGAGAAACAAAUAUCACCAACAAACCCCGAUCGCAAGAUGAGCAGCGGCGUUGAUGAGAUUCUCACCUUCAAGCGCAAUCCGGAUGAGGACUUUUACGCGUUGCUUAAAUGUGACGAAAAUUCAUCGGUCGAACAAAUUCAAGCCGAGUACAAGGUGCUGGCACUCCAGUACCACCCGGACAAGAAUGCAGGCGACAAGGAUGCCGAAGCAAUGUUCCAGAAAUUGAAGGAAGCCAAGGAAAUCCUGUGCGAUCCGGAGCGGCGGGCCAACUAUGACAAGUGGCGCAGCAGCGGCAUCCAGAUCAGCUACAAGAACUGGGUCGGCAUGAAGGAACACGUCCAGCAGAGCAUGCACUGGGCCACCCCGAAAACCAAGGACCGAAUGUUGCCGGAAACCGGUGCCGCGGCUGGUGCCGGCAGUGGUCUGAGCGCCGGUCAACCCAACCCGGCUCACCGACGUGCAUCGGAGGGCGGUGCAGCGCUGUACUACGGCGGUCGGAAGGGCGAGUGGGGCUCGGAGAAUCCGAGCGAGGUGGUCAACAAGUUCCGUAAUUAUGAAAUUUAAGCCCCCCUGGAGUGGAGGGUGGAAAGGGUGUUUGGUUUUAUUGUUUUUUUUUUUUCGUUUUCGUUACGAAUGAUUGAUGUGUGGUGAAUUGGGCGGUGGAUCGAGCUUCUUGAGUUUUCAGACCGGCUGCUAGCUGAUUGCAGUGAACCCCUCCUACGUGCUCCUUUUUACCGCCAGCUGGAUGCCGGUUUAGAAGACACUCGAAGUCGCUCGUUCAAUCGAGAGGAGCUUGCACCUACUUAUUGAUGUAUGAUGUUUUAUUUUACUUAAUUUGUUGUUUUUAAUUGAAAGAUUGUUUUUAAUGCCUUGUUUUCAAAUAUAAAAUAUUCCCAGGGGGAUUAAUUAAAUAAAAAUGUUAAAACAAAUAACAUUGUCAAAAUAAAUUUCAAGCAAAAUGAUUGUUGUUUCAUACAAAAUAAUU